GAAAUAGUUAAGCAGAAAACUAACUGAAAACAUUUCUUACACGAAAUAUAUUUAAAAUCUUGAUAAUAAUCACUGUAUAGUCGAUACGAUUUAGGGAAUAUCUAAAUUGUGCGGACACAUGUAUCUUUGUACUUAUUAAUAAUAUUCGUCAACAGAAAAAUCGAGAACAUGGCAUUUAAGAUCAUAUUUUUAAUGAUGUGCGUAUCUUGUGCAAGCUAUGUUUUUGGUCUAAAACCAAAAUUCAUACGUCGUCAGUCUGGAAAACUUCAGCGAACAUAUAAUAAUCAAGCAAAUCCAGAGUUACUGAAUCGGAACAGAAGAUCACCGUACUUUACAAAUUGGGUUUACACUAAUAACAGAAACUAUCUCUCAUGGAUUGACAUUAUUUACGGGAAUGAGAGCAGUCAGAUACCGCCAAACAAUAUUGCCGAAGUGACUGGAAAGACGGCCGACAUUAAUGCAGGUUUUGGUGGCGACUAUGUCUGGCUUGUCCCCGAGUGGAGUAGUCGGUUAGAUGAGGGGGUAACCUCACUCCGGAUAGAUGUACAAGAAAAGGAGGAUAAGGUCUCGAAAAACCUGGCAAAGGGGGCAGGCGGACUUUUUCGCUAUCUACGAGUUAUCAGGGACAUUUCGCACAAGGAAAAAAUAAUUGAAGUGGCCCUGUUGAGAACAGCUAAUGAGAUUGUGGGGGACUCAUACUGGGAGGAAUGUACCCAAGAUAUUAAUAAAUAUAGGAUGAAGGACUAUUUGUACCUUUGCUGGAGGAGUACGACACCCUGAAUAUGAAAUUUUUUAAUUGUGUAUGCAUUAAGAUUUUCAUUAUUCAGCAAAAUAUUUAAAAUAAAUAAUAAUUAUUUCGUGUUAAAUUUCCCUUUGUUGAUUUUCA